CUUCUCCAAUCCAAUAGUGUUCACUUCGACUCGUAUCGUGAUGGCUGACCUGCGGCGCCUUGCAACACGCAAACGACGCCGAGCGUCGACAAUAGUUGACCAAAACGUCUGCUUCACGGGCACUGACACAGAAGAUGGGGACUCGAUGGUGCCGGAGACCCCGCCCAGUCGCAGCUGGAGUCGGAGUCAGAGUCGCGGGAGCAGCCGAAGCACGUGGACCAAUCAAGCCACAACCGAGACGGGAACGGAAACAUCCGCGAUCCCGUCGACGGAAACUUCCGUGGAACCGUCCGUAGAAUUAACUGAACCAUUCACCUCUAGGUCCACAUCUGCUCAAUCAGAUACAUUGUCACCGAGAACCAAGUUCAUCAUUGGGCUCGAUUACGGUACCACCUUCUCUUCUGUCUCCUACAUCAAGUUCGAUUCGGCCAGGCCUCCUCCGACUCUCUUUGGAGCGCAAAUCUGCUCCAUUACCGAUUGGCCCGGUGUCGACAGCCGGGCACGCAACAUUCCAGAAGUCCCGAGCGAGAGUUGGUAUCUAGGCGAUCGAUUCUACUGGGGAUAUGGCGCUCGCCAAGGCUAUGCAAAGCUUCUUCUUCCGGGGAACCAAAAAGAAACUCGAGGCCCGCGUGAAGAACUCCGGAGAACCUUGGUAAGGGCUCGCAAGGAUGAAACAGAGGCAAUCAAGGACUAUCUGCGACAGAUCUUGAAGUAUAGCAAAGAAUUUCUCACAGAGAGAGAAGAACUCAGUGAGGAGUGCGAGGUUGAGCUCGUCUUCUGCGUUCCGGCUGGAUGGCCGGCAAAAGCGAUACGAACAAUGCAGGAAAUCUUGCUUGAUAUAGCACAUGAACUCAAUAUUGGUACCCUUGCAACUCCGUUUGUCCUCAAUGAGCCCGAGGCCGCUGCGGCGUAUAUACUUGAAGCGUGCUCAGGGAGGAAAAGGCUGUCAACAGGAGAAGUGUUUAUGGUUUGUGAUGCAGGUGGUGGGACCGUGGAUGCUAUCACUUACAGAGUCUGCCAACAACACCCAUUUCGAGUGGAAGAAGUUGUUCCUCCUACUGGAAGCAACUGCGGAUCCAGCUAUGCAAACCAAACUCUCAAGCACCAGGCCAUAGAGAAAAUCAAGAGUACAGCGUACGAGUCACUGAAAGGCCCUUCUUUUGAAUACAUUAUUGAGCACGACAUCAUGACCGAGUUUGAGUAUAAAAUCAAGAGAGGUUUCAAUCCGGCAGAUGGGCUGGACGGGGACGAAGUUAUAGUCGUGCACGGGCUUGAGAGGAAUGAGCGUUUGGGAUUUGGACACAACACCAUGCGUAUUAAAAGCUUGAACGGUAUAAGCAAACUCAUUCGCCAGCAAAUCAGUGCAGCGGCAGCCAAGGGCCUCACGGUCGAGACAAUUCUGUUGGUUGGAGGUUUCUCAGCUGCCCCCAUCCUCCGCUCUCAUAUAGAAACAGAGUUCGAAGCUUUGAAGAUUAUAUAUCCGCCCAAGGGGCUUGAUAGCGCCGUGACAGUCUCCCACGGAGCUGUUUUCCGUGCGUUCAACAAAUCUGACGGCCCUAAGCGUAUUGUGCAGUCAAAUUUUGGUUUCCUUCAGUUGGAACUCUACAGCACAAGACAACCAGCUCAUCGAGGCGUUUCCCCGAUUUUUAACGCCAUAGACGGCAAGAAAUAUGGACUAGUUUUGAGCAAGCAGCAACAGUUUCGGACUCGAAACUGGCAGGUCUUCAAAAUGGAGGAGGAGCUCGUGAUACAUCAGAAAAUCUGGGUGUCUGAUUUUGACAACGCCCAAAACCACUACCGAGUGAACGCUCCUUGCAAUAAAGGCGCGGAAGUCUUUGGUAUCCUGCAGAUAGACCUAGAGCCAGUGAAAAACGAGGGCCUCCUCGAGCUUAGAUCGGGACCAGAGGGGAUGUUCUACGAGAUCCACUACGAACUGGCAAUGGAAGUUGACGGAAGGAACCUGGCUGUAAAGCUCUUCUAUCCACCAGGGGGAAUGUGUCGCGCGCAGACGCAGCUUUGUAUCGCGGCGGCCUUCAUUCCAGGGACAGAGUGA